AUGACGGAAUUAGACCCACUAGAUCAGCAAUCACAAGUCAAUUAUAAGAGUUUGCAAUAUCUACUACAAGAAUUAAUUCCAACAUCAAUAAGAGUAUCAGAACAAAUAACAAAUCCUAAUUUUUCAAAUUCAUUGAAAUCUUCAAGAUCAGAUUAUGAAUUCUCUGUAACAGAAGAUAUAUCAUUAGAAGAUGAUGAUCCAACAAAAGUAGAAACUAAAGAACAAAUUGAAGAGAUUAAAUUUAACAAAUAUCAAACAAGAAUAAAUCAACAAUUAUCACAAUUUCCAAAAGAUUUACCAGGUACAAUCAACAUACUAGAUUCACAACUAUUAUAUACCGAUGAUGUGACAAUCAGAAUAGAACAAUUUGGUUAUAAUUUAGGUUUAAAAAUUUCAGAAAUUUUAUUGUAUAAACAUGCAUCAUCAACAAAAAUAAUAGAUAUAUUAGAUAUAAUGAAAUUCAUUUGUAGAGAUGUAUGGAAAUUCAUUUUUAUAAAACAAAUAGAUAAUUUAAGAACUAACCACCGAGGAACAUUUGUAUUGAUAGAUAAUCAUUUUAAGUUAUUUGAAAAUAUUAGAUCUCAACGAGGAAUGCAAGAUACUAUUACAAAAUCCAAAAUAUAUUUAUGGUUCCCCUGUGGGUUAAUUAGAGGUGUUUUGUGGAGUUUUGGUAUUGAUGGGAGUGUUGUUGGUGAAUUUAAUCAAUUUCCUUCUGUACAAUUUAAUAUUCAAACUGGUGUAAAUAAUUAA